UUUUCCCCCACUGCUUAUGAUGGAACUUUAUCUCCCAUCACUCGGCACCAAUGCCCCAAUGGAAACUACAACUUCCGUCAUGCUUCACCCUUGUGGCAUUCUCUCCUGAUGUUUCGUACCCCAAGGGUGAAGCAUGACGGGAGUUGUAGUUUGCAUGGAAUGACCAUUGUGAUAUAAUAGGUUUUUCUCUAGAUGAUUGCAAUAUUUGAUUGUGUUUCUCCUCCUUCCUGAUUUCAGGAAAGCAAAGGGAUUUCACUGGAAUCGGAAAAAAUCAAUCGCUGGAACGUUUCCCCCAAAAGUGUGUCAACUUAUGAGGACUUCGGUUUCCGCCGUCUUAAGGUCUCGCAGAACCUAUUUCGAACGAGACGCCACCGUCGGGGGGCCUCAAAUUGGCCGAAGCGGCUUUUGGGGGGAUUCGGACGUUUGACCAGUCCACCGGAGAUGAUGACGACUCCUCCCGUAUCGAAGCCUGAGACCCCCAUCUCGACCCCUGUCUCGACCCCGGAGGCCAGGCCAGGAUGCCGGUGCCCAGAGGAGGCCAAAGCGCAGCAGGGGAAGGCAGGGGAGGUCAUUCGGAAGGGGGUCCGCGUGCCGACACCUCGGACGGAGGAGGCCGCCUGGGCCGCCAGCGCCUUGACCUUCCUGCUGGUGGCGCUGACCCUGGCCGUCCUCUACACCCGCCUCCACCGCAAAUGCCGCCGCGGGCGCAGCCUCUACUGGACGGUCAGCGGAGAGGAGGACCGCGAGACUGUGGCCGCGGUCAUCAAGCGGCGGCUGUUGUCCUCGCAGAUUCGGCGCAAGAAGCGUCCGCGGCCGAAGCAACAGGAAAUCCCGGUCUCUACGUCCAGCGACAGUUCGGACUAAAACCCGGACCCUGCUUUGAGGGUCUUUGAACCUGGUUCAGCCUACCUAAUAAGGGAAACACGUUGCCUUCGGAGGAGCCGGCUCCUCCGCGCUGUAAUCCGCUUUUCCUACUAUUUUUCCCCCUUGUUUUGCUACUCAAUAAAGUAUAUUUUCCUAGGUAAACAA